AUGCCUGCCAGUCAGAAAAGAGGUCCGUGGACCAGCGAGGAGGAUAAUCUGUUGCUGAAGUUGAUCGACCAGCACGGCGCGUUCAACUGGGUCAAGAUUAGCGCGUUGCUGAAAUCUCGUUCGCCCAAGCAGUGCCGUGAGCGGUACCACCAGAACCUCAAGCCUUCGUUGAACAAGACGCCCAUAUCCGAGCAGGAGGGUGAGCUGAUCCAGGAGCUGGUGUCUAAGAUAGGCAAGAAAUGGGCUGAGAUUUCGAGAGUCUUGAACAAUGGCCGCUCGGACAAUGCCAUUAAGAAUUGGUGGAACGGCGGGGCUAACAAGAGAAAGAGGGCUGCAAAGUCCAUGGCUGCGAGACAGGUCUUGCAGAAUUUCCAUCAACAGUCGCUGCGGAACUAUGUGCAGACGCAUGAUCAGUCUGUGUAUGUGCCUGUCGCUACCGCCGCGGGUUCCGCGGCCGGCCCCGUAACGACGGGAUCUGCUGUGCCCGUCGCACCUCCGCCGCUGUCGCACCAACAGCAGCAGCAGACUCUGCCUCCCUUGAAUGCACUGACCCCAAACGUGAGCCGCAGAAACUCUGUAGAUGUUGUGCCCCAGCCGUUGAGCUUCAUCGACCCAAAAAGGCAACAACAGUUUCUAUUAUAUUCUCCUGAUGAGUUGCCUCAGCUUUCGAGGUUCUCUGGUGGCGGCGUGGCCGAUUCCCCUUCUGACACCCACUCCAGCGCUAGUUUCAUCCCUCAUCUUCCAUCUUUGGUGCCUCAGCAUGCUGCUGGCGUAGUCACGGUGAGUACCUCUGCAGCCAAUACCAGUAACAACAACACCCCAAUAACUACUGUUGCUCAUCCCGUAUCCCCUAGACAGGAAUACUAUGCAGCUACUACUGCCGAAUGUCAUUUGCCCCUAUCUAGCCACCCGGAGUCAACCAUUCUUCGCUCCCAGUCUACAAAUUCCAGUACUCCGACUGGCUCCAGGGAGAUUCUCUAUGACACCCAUGAUAGGAACGCUUUAUGCAAAUUGGACUUCCUGCUAAACAAGGAUGACAGUUCCAAGAACACACACUUCAAACUUACUGCGGCCACAACUACAAAUGCUGUAGGCAAGUAG